AUGUCGAUAAUACCGAGCGCUCAACUAGAAGGGCAGGUUGGGUCCUCUAUAGUCCAAUUUUCAGACAUUGAGGAUUACAAGGAAAAUAUUCAACCUCUCCGUGAAGGUAGAUCAGCUCAGUCAUUAGCCAAUGCCCUGGCUGUCACACCCCUACAAGCGAAAGAUCUAAGGUCGCCAGAACGUCAAGAGUUUGAAAAACGAAUAUCAGAAGCAAGUGAACUAGAUGAUCCCAUAGAGCCAUACUUGGAAUAUAUCAAAUGGAUAAACAACGCAUUCCCACAGGGCCAAACGAGCGAUAGCGGAUUGGUCAAUAUUCUCGAAAGAUGUACGUCACAGUUCAGAGAUGCCUCCUUUUAUAAAGAUGACCCACGGUACCUCAAAGUUUGGAUGCAAUAUGCGAAGUACUCUGAUGCUCCUAAAGAGAUUUUCACCUAUCUUGCUCGUAAAGAGAUUGGCAAAAAUCUGUCUCUGUUCUAUGAAGAGUAUGCUUCAUAUUUGGAAGUCAAUAAUUGCAAAAACCAAGCUAAUGAAGUAUAUCAGAUAGGAAUAUCUGUUAACGCUCGUCCAUUGGAAAGGCUUAAACGCAGGUAUAGCGAAUUCUCCGAGAGGCUGGCCAGAAAUCCGCCAGAUGCUAAUGAACCUAGUUCACCAGUGCUUCCUAUUAUUCGACCAGCCCUGGCCCUGAAGGGGGGUCCACUAUCGGCGGAUCCUAUUCCAGCUUCAGUACCUUCUUUCAAUGAUGGAGGUGUCAUUCCUGCUAAAAGCAAACUCCAGGUAUUCUCUGAUACUACGGAUUCGUCAUCCAAAGCAACUAGCAGUGGAGGGUGGGAUUCCAUUGGCAGCUUAGCGUCUAGAAAGAAGGAAAAUGUCAUACAACCUACAUCAUGGACAGGACAAACGUUACCAACUCAAGGAGAUUAUAAUGUGAAAAAGACACUGUCUGUUUUUAAAGACACGGUAAGUAAGGAGCUGAAUAUUCAUCUAUUAGGAGGUUUCAAACUAACAAAAGAAAGGCACCAGUGCCAGGAAAGCGCGAAGAACGCAUAG